UUGUCGCCCCCCCUCCUUAAUCUCCCAGAUUGUCGGCGACUUGCUGCAGUCGAUGCUGCAGUUUUGAGCCGCUCCUGCACCGGGACAGCUGACUCAAUGAGAAAGACAUGCUCGCAUUCGUUUUGGUCUCUGGGUCGCUCUGGAUUAUAUUAGAGCUGAGUUCCACCCUGAUGGAGAAGAUGCAGGCCCAGGAGAUGAUGAGUGGCCUGAGGAUACCGGAGAUGGACGACCUUGGCCACUUCUUUCGCUCCCUGCCGACCUCCACGCUGGUGGGCAUCGGAGCUCUGACCGCCGUGCUGGCAUACUGGUUGGCCACCAGACCCAGACCCAUCAAACCUCCCUGCAGCCUGCAGCACCAGUCUGAGGAGGUGCCGAAUGAGGGUGGAGGUCGCAGGUCCAUGAUGGGCGACCGCACCAAGCUGCUGACACAUUACCAUGAUGACGCCAGGACCAUGUACGAGGUCUUCCAGAGAGGACUUCACAUAUCUGGGGAUGGACCUUGUCUAGGUUCCCGACUCCCAAACCAGCCUUACAAAUGGAUGUCCUAUAAAGAGGUGACAGCUCGGGCGGAGCAUUUGGGUUCAGGCCUUCUUCACCAGGGCUGCCAGCCAAACCCCAACCAGUUCAUAGGAGUGUUCGCCCAGAACAGACCAGAGUGGAUCAUCUCAGAGUUGGCUUGCUACACCUACUCUAUGGUGGUGGUUCCCCUCUAUGACACACUGGGCCCUGACGCAAUACGGUUCAUUAUUAACACAGCCGAUAUCUCCACGGUCAUCUGCGACAAAGCAGAGAAAGCACAGGUGCUUCUGGAUAAUGUGGAGAGGAAGGAGACCCCGGGCCUGCGGAGAAUUAUCCUGAUGGAUGCCUUUGACUCUGCCCUCGUGGAGCACAGCAAGAGCUGUGGCGUCCACGUUCAGGCCUUGCAGGAGGUGGAGGCUCUGGGCAGAGAGAACUACAGAAAACCAAUUCCACCAGCACCGGAUGACCUGUCGAUUGUGUGUUUUACCAGCGGAACAACAGGCAACCCAAAAGGAGUCAUGCUCACCCAUGGGAACGUGGUGGCAGAUUUUUCUGGCUUCCUUAAAGUAACAGAUAAAGUCAUUUUCCCCAACCAGGACGAUUGCCUCAUUUCCUUCCUGCCACUGGCCCACAUGUUUGAGAGACUGAUUGAGUCUGUAGUGUACUGUCAUGGGGGCCGGAUCGGGUUCUAUCAAGGUGACAUCCGUCUCCUCUCAGACGACAUGAAGGCCCUGCGGCCGACCAUCUUCCCUGUGGUGCCUCGACUGCUUAACCGCAUGUAUGACAAGAUCUUCAGCCAGGCUAACAGCCCUUUGAAACGCUGGCUGCUGAACUUUGCUGCAAAGAGAAAAGGUGCAGAGGUCAGCAGUGGGAUCAUUCGCAGCGACAGCAUCUGGGACAAAAUCUUCUUCCAUAAGAUUCAGGCCAGCCUGGGAGGAAGGUUGAGGAUGAUCAUAACAGGAGCAGCUCCUACCUCACCCAGUGUGCUGCAGUUUCUCAGAGCAGCUCUGGGAUGCCAGGUGUACGAGGCUUAUGGCCAGACAGAGUGCACAGCAGGCUGCACCUACACCACACCUGGAGACUGGACCCCUGGUCAUGUCGGGGCUCCACUGCCGUGUAACCUCAUCCGACUGGUGGAUGUUCCCGAGAAAAACUACUUUGCCUCAAAAGGAGAGGGAGAGGUUUGUGUAAAAGGACCAAAUGUGUUUAAGGGCUACCUCAAAGACCCAGAGAGGACAGCAGAGACACUGGAUCCAGACGGCUGGCUUCACACCGGUGACAUUGGCAAAUGGUUACCUAAUGGCACACUGAAGAUUAUUGACAGGAAGAAGCACAUCUUCAAGUUGGCGCAGGGCGAAUACAUCUCCCCUGAGAAAAUUGAGAACAUCUAUAUCAGGAGUGAGCCUGUGGCACAGCUCUACGUUCACGGUGACAGCCUGCAGUCCUGUUUGGUGGGGAUUGUUGUUCCUGACCCUGAAACCAUGCCUGAGUGGGCCAAGAAAAAAGGCAUAUUAGGCACCUACAAGGACCUCUGUAAAAACACUGAACUGAAGAAGGCAAUCCUUGAAGAUUUGGUGCGCCUUGGCAAAGCCAGUGGUCUCCACUCGUUUGAGCAGGUGAAGAAUAUCUACAUCCACAAUGAGAUGUUCUCCAUCCAAAACGGCCUCCUGACUCCAACAUUAAAGGCAAAGAGACCGGAGCUGAAGGAGUUUUUCAAGGGCAAGAUUGAGCAGCUCUACAGCAGCAUCUCCAUGUGAACCCUGGCAGACCUUAUUUUCCUUUAAGCAUCUUCACACUAAGGUCUGCUUUGACCUGCAAUGUGAUAAAGAUCCUUAUAAGUAAAAUGCUUUGCGAAGAAAGCCAAAUCUGGCCCUUCUAUGGAAGAUUGAAAAUGCAUAAAUCAAAUCAAAUAUACAAGGUGAAAUACUAAAAACAUACACUUUAAUUUGGAUAACCUUUUGGUGAAUUGGUUUAUUGUGACAUAAUUAUUUUACUGCAUAAUGUUAAAAAAGAACAUUAUUUAGUUUUAAGUCUAUGGUGGCAAUGACUAUUCAAUAUCAUCCAGCAGAGGGCAGCAUAACUCCAGCAGUACAAAACGCAUCAUCACUGCAGUGAGGAGGCUCAAAGUGUUGAGGCUUAUCAACAGGGAUUAUUGUAGUAAUAAUGAUGAUAAAAAUGACUAUUUAGCAUGCAUAUACUUCACAAUGAAACUAAUAUAAAUAAACUUAAAUCUAAUAUAAUCAAAUGUCCACUGAUGCACCAUGGGGAUGUAGUAUGCACAGACAAAUGAAGUGCAUUGUCCCUUGCUAAAGGUCUGCAAGGAGAGACAGGAAAUAUGGGGAGAGAGAGUGGGAGAAGACAUGCACCAAAUUCCUUGACGAAUGCAUUGAGGACUAUAGCCUCUGUAUAUGAGCGCCUUCUCUACCCACUGAGCUAAUCUGGCACCCAGGUCUGCUUUCCAAAAAGGCAAGAAAAGAAAGAAAGCUGUACAAAUACUUAAGGGGAAAUAACUGGUACCACAUUUGGUAUGGUUGACUGUGCACAGUAAACACUGAGAUUCAAAAAAGGAAGCUAAAACCAAAGAAAGUGUGGUAGACAGCUGAACUGCUUAACAGUGAGUAUGGUUACAUUUACUGAAUGUCAACUAUCUUUCUUGUUAUUUAACAAAACCAAGACCUAAAUUAGGACAAACGAUUAGAAUAGGCAACUGCAUGUAUCUUUUUGGACCUGUUGGUUUCUUUAAGAAUUAUCCAAAAAGUGCUGCAACUUUGUCAACAUAGGAGGCAAUGUUUCCUUGCAAAAUUUGCCAAAACGAUGGUUCAAUGCAGCAAUAAUGAAUUCCUAAUUCACCCAAACCCCAUUUUACAAUUGGAUAAUUGUAACUAUCUUUUUUUUUUUCUUUUUUUUUUUUUUACAUGUUUUUAAUUUAAUCCCAAAGAAAAACUUUUUUUUUCUCUGAACAAAAAGUUAAAUAUUUGUCCAUGUGUUUUUUACAUGUAAGUAUCAGACACUAAACCCCUUCACAAAAAGGGAAAUACAUAAAACAAUGAAUGCUGUAUUUCACUUUGUAUAUAAUGUAUUUUAAUGCAGGCAUUUAAAAUCUUCCACACAUUACUUUCAUGAUUUUUCACCCCAGCAAAUCUUUACGUGCCCUGUCCCCAGCACCAGAGACUCAUCAGCACUUUUAUGCUGGCUUCUUUCUCUCGAUCUGCUUCUCUUCUCUUCUCCAUCAGUUGAAACCCACCAGCCAAAGACAAAAUAUGUCCACAGUUUUACAACAGCAGGUGUGAUGUCUUUGUGUGUAGUGUAGCUCAAGAAGACGUCUAGACCUGUGAUAAUGCUGACACCUUGUGGAAAAUUGACUUUAUCUUCAGCUGCAGACCAUUUCUUUUUGUUUGAUUGAACAUGUAAUUGUUUUUAAAGUUGCGUUUAACCCAAACAUUGCAUAUUUAGACCAACAUGUCCUCCUGUUUAAGGUCUAAAUAAUAAGGUAGAGUGAGCAGCGGCUCCUGCCUUACAGACACUGCUGUCCACGCUGUUCCAUGUGGAGCAUCUGAAUGUUUGAGCCACGUCACAACAUGUCAUGCAUUUACUCAUUCAUUAAGUCAUCUCUACGUGGCUGUGAUCGGCAGUUUAGCAUGCAUGCUCCUUGUUUAUAUGGAGGAAUGGCCGCACUGUAACAAUCAUUAGAAAUCACACCUUGCAGCUGGUUCAAUCACAACUUUGAUUUCAUUUUUGCACAAUAGUACGUCAGGUAACAGAAAAAAAUAAUGCAAAACCAGGGCUCAGGGCAAUGCAUGCAGUUUGCCCUGUAAUGCUGGGACUGAUUGUAACUGACUUGAAAAAGACAAUUAUUUUUGUGGCCAUUAAAAGCAGGAUGUAUGCAGCUACUCACAGCCACUGCUGUUAGUGCAAGGCUUUGUAAUGUAGGCAAAGCUGAUUGAUUUCACUCUCUGAAGGAAAACAGAACAAACAUCAACUUUCAAACAAAAGAAAAACGUGUUUUUUGGAGGGUUUACAUGUAGAGGUAAUGUAUAGGCUUUUUAAGUUGAUUACUGUCCCGAAGCAUAAACAAUUUGGAUGUACAUAAAUGAGGACAGCUAGAUGUAAGCAUAUUUAUUAAAUCAAUGGUUUGAAUGGAUUUUUUUCUCUUUUUUUGCGUGUAGUGAGAUGAAUUGUACUUAUUUAUUUAUCUAUUCUGCUGUAAAAUGGAAUCAGCACCAUAUCCUUGUAAUGAUCGAGUGCAGCAAUAGGGAUGAGGGAGGGUAGGUG